CAUGAGCCGAACCUAAUUGAAACAACAGAUAACAAGACGGUCUUCUUUGAUGUGAUUAGGUUCGGCUCAUGUGAAGUCCGACGUUUGACCUAGGCCUAACUCUACCAUACGAUUCAUUAGUCUGUCAAGCUCGUACAACCGUUAGAACUCCCAAACAACUUUUUAAAAGUUUUUUUUUUCCUUGGAGACCGUUCAUCUUAAACGAAAAAAAUCCAGUUUCCAUCUCGGUCUGCGCCCUGGUAUUUUGUUUUCUGCUGAUAGAAGGUAAAUAGUCGUGUCUAAUUAUACAGUUCCGCGUGAUGUUUUACUACCCUGGCGAGGAUGCUUCCAUGCAGUGCAACUGUCAAUAAGUCGUGGAUGCUCUGCUGAUUACGGCACUUAUUUGCAUAACAAGCACCGUUAUCUUGGAAAAUAUAUGUUGCAGUAAGCAGUUGAGUAGCUACUGUUCCAAGAAUGACAGCGGCCAUGGAAUUGGCAGAUUCCAAUGAAGUGACAGUCAAAGGGAAUUCUCAAAGCAAGAAAAUCCGUAGGAUUGGUUUAGCUCUAGUCUUCGUUUUCUGUCUUGUUCUGCUAAUUGUAUGUAUAGUGCUAGCAGUCUUGUAUUCGUCUACUGACAGCCAAAAAGCGGGAAAGUCCGAGAUCUGUGAUGAUGAGCAAUGUUUUCGCCUAGGACAAGAAAUGGUACAAAACAUGAAUAAGAACGUUGAUCCUUGCGAAGACUUCCACGCCUAUGCAUGCGGUGGUUGGGAAAGCAGACAUCCCUUGGAAGACAACGCAACAUCAGCAAUGGGUGUGUGGACAAUCGUGUCAGAUGAAAACAACGCCGUUCUCAAAAAGGCUUUGGAAUAUGCUCAUCUGAAUUAUUCAAAGAACGACGCUGUGAUGAAAAUGGUACGUGUGUACGACUCUUGUAUGAACACCAACGCAAUAGAUGCCCUAGGAUUACAGCCCCUCAAAGAUUUGAUCGAAGAAUAUGGCGGAUGGAGCAUUUCGCAUAACUACAACCCAAAUGUUACCGUAGCGCAGCGAAUUGGCAGAGCUGCACGUGAACUGAAUAUYGACUCUUUGUUUGGCAUGGAUGUGCGACCUAAUUUGGUAAACUCUGACAUCAAUGUGCUAAUGUUAAAAGAAUCAAAAUUAGGGCUUAACAAAAGGGACUAUUUGGAUCCUGACGAAGACAGUGCAAAGAAACGCAAUUACUACAAAAACUUCAUGGAAAGUGUGAGCUAUUUUUUUAAUGCGUCUUACGCUAAAAUGGAGGCAAUCUAUGAAUUUGAAAAAAAGCUGGCAAUGAUUGUAAGCGAAAAAAGCCCCGAUGCUGUUUUGCUUGAUUAUAUUAAAACCAUUGCCAUAUCAACUAGAACGAGAAGAAAUACAGUAGACGAGACAAUAACACUUUCCUUGCUUUGCCAAGAGACUGGGUUUCCGUGGCCUGUGCUUAAAGAGGUUUUGGAUGUUCUGUUUGACAGGAAGUUAACUGGAAAUGAAAAAAUCCUUGAUGUGCCUGAACAUACAGACUUUUUGAAUGAGAUUAGUCAUUUGUAUAGUAGAACAAAUCACACACUUUUAUCUGAUUACAUUAUGUGGCAAGUCGUACGUCAAUACGUUGGUGGUCUUCCCGAUCUAUACCGACCUGCAAAUGGCGAUCUUUUAAUAAGCACCAACAUACCACGAUGGAAGCAGUGCAUCAAUGCAAUGUUAGACCCCUUUGACAUGCCACUCGGCCUACUGUUUGUGGAUGUUCGUUUUUAUGAUGAAGCUAAAGUUCAGAUCAGAGAAAUGAUUGAAAAUGCCCGAACUUCAUUCAUUCAGAAUCUACCAACUCAAACUUGGAUGGACAAAGCAACUCAGGAAUUGGCGAAGGAAAAGGCGUUGGCAAUCGCCAUCGGGGAAAUUGGAUAUCCAGCUUACAUCAAGGAUCCUGCAAAACUCAAGGCACAGUAUGAUUCGCUCAACGUAACAGACAGCCUGAUGGACAACAUCAAAGCCGCCAAUCAUUUAGUUAGAAUGAGGACAUUAAAAAACUUUGAGCGCCCAGUGGACAAAAAAGAAUGGACAUUUAAAAGCCCGACCCAAUACAAUGGUUUCUAUGCUGGUUACUUGAAUAAGAUAGGUAAGUUAAUGGACGACUUACCGGGCUUUUCCCUACCAAACGAUCGUUUGCGUGCUAUAUUUAAUAAAACGAGCCAGCUUCGAAUCUAUCGAAAUGUGUGGGUUUAACGUACAGAAUCCUAGUGCGUAGAAGUAUGCAAACAUAUCAAUGUGGUCAUACUUUUGUGCGUUGUGCGUUGUGUUAAAUAUGGUCAAUUAAUUCUUGCUUGUUUUCAUAAUAAUACGGUGAUGCUGCAUGGGUUGAACACGGAAUUGCAUGCAUGUAACGUAACGAAUAUGACUCUACUGUAUACUAAAUCU